CGCCGUCCAAAUUCCCGCCUUGGUUUUUGUGUCUUUGCAUCGAUCGCCCCCGAGCCUUCCGCCGUUGCUUUCUUCAUCGCCACCGAUUGGAUUUUUCUGGCGUCUUGUUCCUUUGCCUAAUUUAUUUCCUUGCUUCUGUGAAGCUUCAUAUGGCUUGUGCUGGUAACCGGUCUGCUUAAGCAGUUCAAUUGCCCGUUCUCCUCACCAUGAGGCCUCCUACUACGGUCCCGCGCGCGAUGCCCUCAUCGCUCCGCGCCGCGCAGCCCAUGCGGCGUAUCCCGACAUCUAGAGCUUUGCAUGGUGCUCGUCUAUACACAGCGCAGUUUGGAACAAGAUCAAUUGCAUCCCUACGCACGCGAUCUAUUCGGCCGACCAUACAGAUCGACCAGAAACAGCUGCUGUUGGCCCGACACCUCUCCGGCAAGCCACUGCCCCAGGUCAAUUCAAAGCUGCUCAACUUCAUCUACCGAGCCGCAGCUUGGAUGGGUAUUUCCAUCACCGUGGUUGGACUCGGUGUUGUUGGCUUCUUCCUCUACGAUGCCAGCACCUACAAGGAAGGAUGCGAGAACGGCGAUAUCGAGGUUGCCAAGCUGGCGCUUCAGCCCAACCGUGGCGGCCCAAAGAAUCUGCCGAUUGCUGAAGUUUUUAUUGACGAUGAAGACAACAUGGCCAAGAAGCAGAGCCUCGAGAAGCCUAAGCUUGUCAUCCUCGGCGGAGGCUGGGGCAGUGUUGCCCUCCUCAAGAACAUCAACCCCGAAGACUACCAUAUUACUGUCAUCUCACCCACAAACUACUUCUUGUUUACGCCAAUGCUGCCCUCUGCAACGGUUGGUACGCUCGAGAUGCGAUCUCUAGUCGAACCAAUCCGAAACAUUCUCAACCCGAUUAAUGGCCAUUUCAUCCGCGCCAAGGCAGAUGAUGUUUGCUUCAACGAGAAGCUCGUCGAAGUUUCGCAAAAGGAUACCAACGGAAACCGCGUCAGCUUCUAUGUGCCCUACGAUAAGCUGGUCAUCGGUGUUGGCUCCGUGAGCAACCCCCACGGUGUCAAGGGCCUCGAACACGCCUUCUUCCUCAAGGACAUUACCGACGCCCGCCUGAUCCGAAACAGAGUGAUUCGCAACUUCGAAACAGCUUGCUUGCCCACCACGACAGACGAAGAGCGCAAGCGUCUGCUUUCCUUUGUCAUUAGUGGCGGUGGUCCUACCGGUGUCGAGUUUGCUGCUGAGCUAUACGAUCUCCUCAACGAAGACUUAACACGCCAAUUCCCUAAGCUGCUGCGAAACGAAAUCUCUGUCCACUUGAUCCAAAGCCGAAGCCACAUCCUCAACACCUACGACGAAGCUGUCUCCGAGUACGCUGAGAAGCGUUUUGAGCGUGACCAAGUCAACGUCAUGACCAACUCACGAGUCAAGGAGGUCCAGGAAAACAAGAUUAUCUUCACACAGCAGGGUGAGGACGGCAAGGUAGUCACCAAGGAAAUCCCCCACGCCUUCUGCCUCUGGUCUACUGGUGUCUCGCAGACAGAUCUCGCACAAAAGAUUGCCGCCAAGCUCGGCGACUUCCAGCCCAACACACGCGCUCUCGAAACAGACACUUAUCUGCGCCUCAACGGUACACCGCUUGGCGACGUGUACGCCAUUGGCGACUGCUCGACUGUACAGAACAACAUCACUGAUCACGUCAUCUCAUAUAUGCGCAGCAUUGCAUACAAGCGUGGCAAGGACCCCGAGACGCUGCACUUCCACUUUAGCGACUGGCGCAGCGUAGCUCUUGACGUCAAGAAGCGCUUCCCACAGGCCAUUAACCACCUGAAGCGUCUCGACAAGCUCUUCCAGGAGUUUGACAAGGACAAGUCGGGCACUCUCGACUUUGGCGAGCUGCGCGAGCUCCUCUCUCAGAUCGACAGCAAGCUGACAUCCCUGCCGGCUACAGCACAGCGCGCACACCAGCAGGGUAUCUACCUUGCCCACAAGUUCAACAAACUGGCGAGAAUGGGUCCCGGUAUGGCCAUCAACGAUGUCAGAGAUGGUGACCUCGAUGCUGCCGCCUACAAGGCCUUUGAGUACCGUCAUCUGGGCAGCCUUGCCUACAUUGGCAACUCCGCAGCCUUUGAUCUCGGCGACGGCUGGAGCGCUGUGGGUGGUCUCUGGGCUGUGUAUGCCUGGCGCUCAGUCUAUUUUGCGCAGAGCGUUAGCUUCAGAACGCGCAGCUUGUUGGCGAUGGACUGGGCCAAGCGUGGCCUGUUUGGUAGAGAUUUGAUAUGCCUUUAAUGUUUGAUGCGAGCAUACCUUAGUACAUAUCUAGCUAGGCUCAUCACAGCACUAGCAAAUGCAAACCAAUAGAUGAUGAUUCUUUUU